GAGGCCGUGGAUGCCGUUACACAACGGUGGGACUUAGGUUUACGGAAGUAUGAAUUGGAGGAUAACGAGUGGGUGAUACUGCAACAAUUGCGGGAUAUACUUAAGAUUCUAAAGGACGCCACCCUUUACUUCUCGCGCGCAACACCUAACCUUGUGACAGUGAUCCCAGCAAUGGAUCACAUCGACAAGACACUCAUGUCCUAUUCACGCAACAAGAAAUACUUGCCCUCGAUUUGUUCGGUGGUUCGGCUCGCUAAAAAGACACUCAACCGGUACUAUCAACUUACAGACAAGUCUCACACAUAUUGA